UGCCAUACUCUCUAACUCAGUUGCGUGUUCAUACGACCAGUGGAUAGACGUGCUAUUUUGUUUUAAUUAAUUUUGUUGUGUAAACGAAUUUAAAGACAAACAAGAUGAAUAUCGUAGCAGUAGGACCCGAGCCCUCUCAGAUCACCUGCCCUUCCUGCAGGGCGACCAUCGUCACGAGGGUUGAGAGGAAAGCCACGACAAAGACACACGUUAUCGCCGUCCUUCUCUGUCUGUUCCUGUGCUGGCCAUGCGUAUGCGUGCCGUAUUGCGUGGACUCAUGCCAGAACGCUGACCACUAUUGUCCUAACUGCAGUUCCUACCUCGGCACGUACCAACGAUAGUCACACCUCCUAAAUUCCUAAACCUAUUUUAAUAAUAAUAAUCUCUAAGACACGUAUUUUGUAAGCAUUGUAUUAUUACUUUUUUUUACUGAUGUAUUUGAACUUUCGAAACCAGUAUGAUGAACCACGUUGCACUUACCCUUUUGUCAUUUGAAUAUAGAAUAGGGUUAUAAUGCUGUCUUGUAUAAGUAUACACGUUUUUAUCGAUGUUAAGUGUUACAUCACUAUUAUCUAAUAUGUCAACGUUGUGCGUAUACCUAAAUUGUAACGGAAACAUUCAAUUAUUCUUCAAAAGAAAGUAACCUUGAUUUAUCACGCUAGGAAUUUCGAAUUUGAUAAGUACCUAUCUAUGAAACUACAAAA